UCAAAGCGGAAGUUGACUGUGUAGUGGUCAGGCUCCAGACUGAGCAGUGAUGAAGUGUGCCGUUCCUUCGACGUAAUUAAACAUGGAAUCAGCAGAGAACCUGUCCGAGCAGGUCGUCGGUGCUGAACCGGAUGCCGCACCGACCCCCGUGGACGUGGACACCGCAGUGCUGCUGCUGGGAGCGGGAGUGACCGCCAUCACACACCCGCUGGUGUACGUCAAGCUGCUAAUACAGGUGGGACAUGAACCUCUUCCCCCAACUGUGGGCACAACGAUGUUUGGCCGAAGAGUCUUGUACCUGCCUGGCUUCUUUUCCUAUGCACAGUACAUUGUCAAGGUUGAUGGAAAGGGAGGACUGUUUCGUGGCCUCUCUCCUCGAAUUGUCUCCAGUGCCAUCUCCACUGUUGUCAGGAGCAAAGUUAAACAGCAGGUGGAGCUCCUAUCCAAGAGAAAUCACACGAGGACUUCACUCAGAAAAGUGGUCCAAGAGACCUCACAUGAGAUGAUCAUCCAGUGUCUUUCCAGAGUAGCCACACAUCCUUUUCAUGUUAUGUCAGUGCGGUGUAUGGCCCAGUUUGUUGGCAGAGAGGUCACGUAUGGGUCGAUGUUCAGUUCGAUCGUCAAGAUUUUUAAGGAGGAAGGAGUCGCUGGAUUCUAUGUUGGAUUCGUACCCCAUGUGGUGGGAGAGGUUCUCUUCCUGUGGUGUUGUAACCUCCUGGCUCAUUUUAUUAACACCUACGCUGUAGACGAUAGUUUCAGUCAGGCCUUAGCCGUCAGAAGCUACACCAAGUUUGUGAUGGGCAUUGCAGUGAGUGUUCUAACAUAUCCGUUCAUGCUGGUGGCUGAUCUCAUGGCCGUCAACAACUGUGGCCUUGCUGCAGGUCUUCCUCCUCAUUCUCCCAUCUUUAAGUCCUGGCUGCACUGCUGGAAUCACCUGAGCCACGAGGGCCAGCUCUUCAGAGGAUCCAGCUUCUUUUUCCGCCGUGUGCCUGUAAUCUCCCUGCCUUCCAUCGAGGACUGACAUCAUCAUCAGCCACAGCACCUGUAGGGAUAUUCUUCCUUCUCCUCCUCACAAACAUAUCCCAAAGACAUGGCCUCCACCACCCUGCCGAUCAGCUUUUGCUGCUGUCAUCCACACAUAGUAGGAGCAGCAGAGACAUAGUUCAUGGAGUACCAGCAACUUUUUCUUUACAAGAGUUUCAGUUCAGUUCACCACAGUGAGAACAGAGGUGGUUCUCUUCAGAACUAUGGGGCAAUGUUAUGUUCUUGACUGCAGUGACUAAACAUUGUGAAUCUGCUUCAACUGUAGCAACAGCUACUGAGGAUUACGGGUACUGAAGUCAUAAAUGCUUUCACAUAAACUAACAUCCUUCUAAUACCCUUCUCUCCGAGUGGAAACAUUUCCAACUAAUGGUCAUUACUCAUGUACCUAUUGUGUUGAGUUUUAACCUUUAAAGAACCGGAUCAACCAAUUACACCACUACAAAGCACUUAUACUGAAAUGACAACUAACCAUUUUGCAGAACAUGGAGGUUUUUUGUUCAGCAAGCCUGGCAGCUGUAGAUUUUCAUUAAUUACUUUACAUCUUCACAGCCUAUUAAAGGAAUAUUUAAACUUAUUAAAAAACUUAAGUUUAUAACUAGUGUUGCUCCAGGAAUGUCUGGAGCAAGUGGUUGUGGCUGAAGGGGUGAAGCACAGCACUGUCAUCCAGGAGGACAGUGUUAAUAUCCUGUUGGAAUAGAUUUUUAUACUGUAAAAAUAUACACAUAUAUUUCGUUGUUUGUUUGUUUGUUGAUUUCUAUCACUGUUUAAUUUGGUUUAGGCAACUAAAAUACAAUGGCUUGCAAAAGUAUUCAUACCUCUCCAACAUUUUGUCACAUUUCAACCCCAAACAGGAUUUCAUGUGAUAGACCAACACAAAGUGGCGCAUCAUAUUGGAGUGGCAGGAAAGUGAUACCUUUGUUUACAGUAUUCAGCCCCAUUUACUCUGAUACCCCAAAUGAAAUCCAGGAUCACUGUUGAAUCCAUCAUCCAAAAAUGGAAAGAGUAUGGCUCAACAUGGCCAUCCAUGUAAACUGACAGGCUGGGCAAGGAAAGCAUUGAUCAGAUAAGCUGCCCAUGUGAGGCGCAUGGUAACUUUGGAAGAACUGCAGAGAUCCACAGCUCAGGAGGGAGAAUCUGUCCACAGGACAACUAUCGUGCACUCCACAAAUCGGGAUUUAUGGAAGAGUGGCAAGAAGAAAGACACUGUUGACACAAACCCAUGCAGUUUGCGAUGAGCCAUGUGGGGGGGGACAGCAAACCAAAAUGAGACCAACACUUAAGUUUUUGGCCUAAAUGCAAAACACUAUGGCCCUCAUUUAUCAAUCUUGCGUGAAAACAGGUGCAGAUCUGAGCGCAGAAUUGGUCGCAGGACAGGACACGUGUGAUUUAUGAAACAUUCGUAUCCGACCAGUUCCAGCUUACGAAUGAUCAGGUCUUGAUAAAUGCGGCGGCUGAAUUCAAUCGUCAUUAACAUGUUAUGCCCUUAUAUAUUCCUGGUUCGGAGGCCUCACCCACUGAGGUCAAACAUGGAGAGAAGUAACACUGGCAAGAAGAGAAACUUUUCCGAGGUGGACCUCGGCAUCCAUCACUAAUGCAACGUUGUGCAAAACUGAACAGGCCAAAAUAAUAGCGCACACUUUCUCCGGGGUCUGGGUUUCCUGCUGGUCCGAGACGGAGCCACCUGCCCUGAAGCAGCGCUCCACUGUGAACCAUGUGCGCGCUAUUGAAUCUGUGUUCCUGCUCUGUCGUGGGGUUAUUAGGUAUUCCGUUAAUUAGUUGUCAUGUUAGGCUAUUAACCUAACCUAAUAUUUUAUUUGACAAAAAAGUGGUAUCAGUAAAAACGUGGGCUUUUUUUAAAAUCAAAAUUGUUUUAUUUUGUGUUAUUCGUUUUAAGAAUCUGUUUUGAUCUGUUCUAAAAAUGUGAAUGCUUAUGUUUAAUGACAGAUAAGGUUUGUGUAAUAAUUAUUUUCAGACUCAGCCAGAUUUUGCUGUGCUGCACUGCAAAUCCACAGACUCAGAUUUGCGUACACGGGCUCAGACCUGACGAGAGAUCUGAUCGUAGCUUCCGCUCAUGUCCAGACUGAUAAAUGCCAAAGUUUGCGUGGAAAUGGUCGUACACACGGUUUUCUGCCGUACGUUCGUUUGAUAAAUGAGGGCCUAUGUGUGGCGGCACAUCACCCUGAACACACCAUCCCAACCAUGAAACAUGGUGGCAGCAUCAUGCUGUGGGAACGCUUUUCUUCUGUAGGGACAGGGAACCUGUUAGAGUCUGCAAAAGACUUGAGACUGGGACAGAGUUUCACCUUCCAGCAGGUCAACGAGCCUAAACAUACAGCCAGUGGUAUGGUUUAGAUCAAAGCAUAUUCAUAUAUUAGAACGGCCCAGUCAAUGUCCAGAUGUAAAUCCAAUUGAGAAUCUCUGGCAAGACACUCUCUAUCUAAUCUGACUAAGGUGGUUCUACAAAGUACUGACUGAGGGGGGCUGAAUACUUUUGCACGCCACACAGAAUAUGAAAACCGUGUAUCAUUUUCCUUUCACUUUGUGUUGGUCUGUCACAUAAAAUCCCAAUAAAAUACAUUUACGUU